AUGCCCAUCGUCGCCCUCUCCCGCCACACUCUCUCCAACAGCCGCCCCUGGACCGAGCUUAUCGACCACACUGCCUUCACCAAGCUGACCUUGCUUACCGAUGUCGCCUUCCGCAUCUGCAAAAAUGCCGCCUACUUCUGCGUCAACUACCUCAUCGUACUCGUAGCCGUACUCGCCUACUCCCUCAUCUCCAACCCCUUCUUUAUUAUCAUCCUCGUCUCUCUCACCAGAGGAUGGAUCUUCCUCUACUCGCGCCGAUCGUCAGAGGAACCGCUCAUGAUCCUCGGUUGCACUAUCUUAGAAACCCAAGCAAUGUUCGGGCUGGGCGUGGCGACGCUGAUCAUGAUCUUAGUAACAAGUGUGAUGUUGCUACUGCUAACGGCGGUCAUGGUGAGGGUUGGGAUCAUUUGUGUUCACAGAGCAUUUAGAGAUCCCGAUGAUCUGCUUCUGGAGGAAACGUAA